CCUCCGUCCGCCGAGGAGCCCGAGGUCCGGCCGGACGGAGAGGGCUCCCCGGGAAAGGCCAGGCCGGCGGUCGCCCGGAGACCCGGGGCCACCGCGCCCGCGGACCGGGGCGACCGGGGGCCCCCCACUAGCGUGGCGGCGCUUAGGUCCAACUUCGAGAGGAUCCGCAAGGGCCAUGGCCAGCCCGGGGCAGCGGACCCCGAGAAGCCCUUCUACGUGAACGUCGAGUUUCACCACGAGCGCGGCCUGGUGAAGGUCAACGACAAAGAGGUGUCGGACCGGAUCAGCUCCCUGGGCAGCCAGGCCAUGCAGAUGGAGCGCAAGAAGUCCCAGCACGGCGCCGGGCAGGGCCUGGGGGACGCACCCAGACCAUCUUACCGGGGGCGCUCCUCGGAGAGCAGCAGCUGCGGCCUCGACGGUGAUUACGAGGACGCCGAGCUGAACCCCCGCUUCCUGAAGGACAACCUGAUCAAUGCCAAUGGCGGCAGCAGGCCCCCUUGGCCGCCCCUGGAGUACCAGCCCUACCAGAGCAUCUACGUCGGGGGCGUGAUGGUGGAAGGGGAGGGCAGGGGCCCGCUCCUGCGCAGCCAGAGCACCUCGGAGCAGGAGAAGCGCCUCACCUGGCCGCGCAGGUCCUACUCCCCUCGGAGCUUUGAGGACAGCGGAGGCGGCUACACACCGGACUGCAGCUCCAACGAGAACCUCACCUCCAGCGAGGAGGACUUCUCCUCCGGCCAGUCCAGCCGCGUGUCCCCAAGCCCCACCACCUACCGCAUCUUCCGGGACAAGAGCCGCUCGCCCUCGCAGAACUCGCAGCAGUCCCUGGACAGCAGCAGCCCCCCCACGCCGCAGUGCCAGAAGCGCCACCGGCAGGGCCAGGUCGUCGUGUCGGAAGCCACGAUCGUGGGCGUCCGCAAGACUGGGCAGAUCUGGCCCAGCGAUGGGGACAGCUUGUCGGGCAGGCUGCCUCAGGACGGCACCUUCCAGGGAGACACAGAUGCGUCGUUUGGAACACCACCUGGGUAUGGCUGCGCGGCGGACCGGGCCGAGGAGCAGCGCCGGCACCAGGAGGGGCUGCCGUACAUCGAUGACUCGCCCUCCUCCUCGCCCCACCUCAGCAGCAAGGGCAGAGGCAGCCGGGACGCACUGGCCUCAGGAGCCCUGGAGUCCACCAAAGCGAGUGAGCUGGACUUGGAAAAGGGCCUGGAGAUGAGGAAAUGGGUCCUGUCUGGAAUCCUGGCUAGCGAGGAGACUUACCUGAGCCACCUGGAGGCGCUGCUGCUGCCCAUGAAGCCUUUGAAGGCUGCUGCUACCACCUCUCAGCCAGUGCUGACGAGCCAGCAGAUCGAGACCAUCUUCUUCAAAGUGCCUGAGCUCUACGAGAUCCACAAGGAGUUCUACGACGGGCUCUUGCCCCGCGUGCAGCAGUGGAGCCACCAGCAGCGAGUGGGCGACCUCUUCCAGAAGCUGGCCAGCCAGCUGGGUGUGUACCGGGCCUUUGUGGACAACUACGGAGUUGCCAUGGAAACGGCUGAGAAGUGCUGUCAGGCCAACGCUCAGUUUGCAGAAAUCUCUGAGAACCUGAAAGCCAGAAGCAACAAGGAUGCCAAGGACCAGACGACCAAGAACUCUUUAGAAACCCUGCUCUACAAGCCUGUGGACCGGGUGACGCGCAGCACGCUGGUCCUGCAUGACUUGCUGAAGCAUACUCCCUGCAGCCACCCCGACCACCCUCUGCUACAGGACGCCCUCCGAAUCUCGCAGAACUUCCUGUCCAGCAUCAACGAGGAGAUCACGCCCCGCCGGCAGUCCAUGACCGUGAAGAAGGGAGAGCACCGGCAGCUGCUAAAGGACAGCUUCAUGGUGGAGCUGGUGGAGGGGGCCCGCAAGCUGCGCCAUGUCUUCCUGUUCACUGACCUGCUCCUCUGCACCAAGCUCAAGAAGCAGAGCGGAGGCAAAACCCAGCAGUAUGACUGCAAGUGGUAUAUCCCGCUCAUGGAUCUGAGCUUCCAGACGGUGGACGAGUCAGAGGCGGCACCCAACAUCCCCCUGGUGCUGGACGAGGAGCUGGAAGCCAUGAAGAUCAAGAUCUCGCAGAUCAAGAGUGACAUCCAGAGAGAGAAGAGAGCAAACAAGGGCAGCAAGGCCAUCGAGAGGCUGAAGAAGAAGCUGUCGGAGCAGGAGUCGCUGCUCCUGCUCAUGUCCCCCAGUAUGGCCUUCAGGGUGCACAGCCGUAAUGGCAAGAGUUACACAUUCCUGAUUUCAUCUGACUACGAGCGUGCCGAGUGGAGGGAGAACAUCCGGGAGCAGCAGAAGAAGUGUUUCAGAAGCUUCUCCCUGACGUCUGUGGAGCUGCAGAUGCUGACCAAUUCGUGUGUCAAACUUCAGACUGUCCACAGCAUUCCACUGACCAUCAACAAGGAAGAUGAUGAAUCUCCUGGGCUCUAUGGGUUCCUGAAUGUCAUCGUCCACUCUGCCACUGGCUUUAAGCAGAGUUCAAAUCUGUACUGCACCCUGGAAGUGGAUUCCUUUGGGUAUUUUGUGAAUAAAGCCAAGACACGUGUUUACAGGGACACGGCUGAGCCGAGCUGGAACGAGGAGUUUGAGAUCGAGCUGGAAGGCUCCCAGACCUUGAGGAUACUAUGCUACGAAAAGUGUUACAACAAAACAAAGAUCGCCAAGGAGGACGGCGAGAGCACAGAUAGGAUCAUGGGGAAGGGCCAGGUCCAGCUGGACCCCCAGGCCCUGCAAGACAGAGACUGGCAGCGGACCGUCAUCGCCAUGAACGGGAUCGAGGUGAAACUCUCAGUCAAGUUCACCAGCAGGGAGUUCAGCUUGAAGAGAAUGCCUUCCCGGAAACAGACAGGGGUCUUUGGAGUCAAGAUCGCCGUGGUCACCAAGAGGGAGAGGUCCAAGGUGCCCUACAUCGUGCGCCAGUGUGUGGAGGAGAUCGAGCGCCGGGGCAUGGAGGAGGUGGGCAUCUACCGCGUGUCCGGAGUGGCCACGGACAUCCAGGCGCUGAAGGCAGCCUUUGACGUCAAUAACAAGGACGUGUCUGUGAUGAUGAGCGAGAUGGACGUCAACGCCAUCGCCGGGACGCUGAAGCUCUACUUCCGCGAGCUACCUGAGCCCCUCUUCACUGACGAGUUCUACCCCAACUUUGCCGAGGGCAUCGCUCUUUCAGACCCUGUUGCAAAGGAGAGCUGCAUGCUUAACUUGCUGCUGUCACUCCCAGAGGCCAACCUGCUGACCUUCCUCUUCCUUCUAGACCACCUAAAAAGGGUGGCAGAAAAGGAGACAGUGAACAAGAUGUCCCUGCACAACCUUGCCACGGUCUUUGGCCCCACGCUACUCCGGCCCUCAGAGAAGGAGAGCAAGCUCCCUGCCAACCCCAGCCAACCUAUCUCCAUGACCGACAGCUGGUCCCUGGAGGUCAUGUCCCAGGUCCAGGUGCUGCUGUAUUUUCUGCAGCUGGAGGCCAUCCCUGCCCCGGACAGCAAGCGACAGAGCAUCCUCUUCUCCACCGAAGUCUAAAGGUCCAACUCCAUCUCCAAGAGGCCGGCAGAACGGCCUGGAAACCUCCUGGCUAAACAGGCCAUCCAAAGAGUGGGAACCGAACCUUCUUGAGGAAUAAUUGGGCCACCAUCAAGGGCCAGGCCAUCUGCCAAGAGACGACUACCCAUGGCAAAAGGCCAAGUGGCCUAGGCAGUUCUAGGCCCCUCAGCCCGUGGGCCUGUGAGCUCCCAGCUGGCAUCAGACUGGUUUUCCACGCUGCCACCAGAGGGCACCCCAAGCCAGCACGUCUCAGAGGACGGGCCUGGCCGGGGACCAGGCGAAGGGAGUGGUUGUUAUGAACGUAACAUCAGAGUUUAAAAGAUUUCUAAUGGAUCACUCAUCAAGAUGCACCCUUUCCAGGGAGAAGGGAACACAGCCAGAUUCCCUCACUGUUGUGUCUUGAAUAAACACUGCUGCUGCUUCGUACUGUAGGGGCCAUGGCCCCGUCCCUCUGUGGGUGGGGGCAUUUCAAUUUCCCUGACUUAGAAAUUCGACUCCUGUUUGUAACAGGGUUUGAAAAGCUAAGUCGACACUGUGUAACAUUUGACCCUUUUACCUCCUUUCUUCUCUUUUUUUCUAGAAGGAUCUCUGUGCAGAAGUGAGUCUUCUUCCUGUUCUGUCCUGUUGCUUUGUUUUUGCUGUUCAUGUGCUCCUCGGAAGACAGCUCCCCAGGGAGCUGUGUAACUUCCUGUCCCGGACACCAGGGGGAGGGAGGCCCAGGCUGCGUACUUUAUGGCUUGUUCCCUGGGAGAGUGACCCUGUUCACCAUCCCGACUGCCCACCGGGCAGAUGCUCUCCUCUUCGGCUUA